AUGAAAUAUUUCAAGCGGGACGCUAAUAUUGCUCGUGUUACGGCUGCCGCCAUCCCUGUUGGUUCAUCCAUCGACGUACCAACCGCUCCGGCAAUGACAUUCGAUGCCUCACUGCCCCUCCUCUCUUUCUAUGCCACUCCACCCGUCGAGGUUCAAAACACGCAAAUUAUAGACCACGUGGGAGAGGAGACACUAGAGCUUAAUGUCACAAAAUUAGGUACUGCACUGCAAGAAGAUGGCCCUGGUGACGAUAAAAAAGAAAUCGCCUGGAUUUCAGUCGGUGUUAAGUCGUGGGCUAAGAUGAAAGGGCGUGGAAAGGAUAAAAAAGGGAAACUUGAAAAACAUUUCUCAUCUACUGCCCAUAAAUCUUCUCAAGAUCGAUAUAUGAUCUUCAAAACAAAGAGUAUGAACGUCGACAUUAUGUUGAAUAACGAUUGCAGACGUGCUCAACAACAACAGGAAGCUAUACUCGAGUUGAAUAAACACAUCGUCCUUACAUUGCUGGAUUCCGCUCGUUAUCUGGUUAGACAAGGGUUGGCGUUUCGAAGAGAGCCUGAAGAGGAAGGUAUC